GGGGCGGGAUCCCGGGGUCCCUGAAAGGCGCAGACCCGGCGGGACCCACCCAGUCUCGCGCCAACCGCACGCAACAGUCUCUGCUGCUGACCCAACCCCGGCGCCACCAUGCCCAAGUGUCCGAAGUGCGACAAGGAGGUGUACUUCGCUGAGCGAGUGACCUCCCUGGGCAAGGACUGGCAUCGGCCCUGCCUCAAGUGUGAGAAGUGUGGGAAGACGCUGACAUCAGGGGGCCACGCUGAGCACGAAGGCAAGCCCUACUGCAACCACCCCUGCUACUCCGCCAUGUUCGGGCCCAAAGGCUUUGGGCGGGGAGGAGCUGAGAGUCACACUUUCAAGUAAAGCCAGGUGGUGGAGACCCCAUGCCCGGCCGCCACUGUGCCACUGUGGAUGCCAGGCCUCACCCGGACCCCGGGCUCCCUGGUAGCCCCUUGUGUUCUCAAUAAACCGAUCACAUGGAAGA